AUGAAGACAUUAAGUAUAUUCGCUUUAGUCAUUUGUUCGGUGUAUGUCGUUGUUCCAACCAUUGGUAUAAAAGAAAAAUCACUUGUCAUGCAUGGUCGUGUUACAUUUGUUCCCAAUUUUAAAAUUCCAACAGCACUUGGUGCUAGAUUAACUGUCACACUACAAGAUACAUCACUAGCUGAUGCUCCAGCAAAAGCUAUUGUACGAACAAGUCGAAAAGCCAAUCGAUUUCCAAUACGAUUUACUAUUCAAUAUUCACCAUCGCAAGUUUCAAGCCGUUCGUCAUAUUCACUCAGUGUCACUAUUAAAAAUAAAAAGAAUGAACUACUAUAUAUCAACAAUGUACAUACCAAAGUCAUACCUUUAGGUGAAAAGCGUACUAAAUUUAUUGAUGUUCCUGUUAUAAACGUGACACGAACAUCUUCUACAUUAAACAAAAAGGAAUGGCCUGAAUUAGUUGGUAAAAAAGGUGAAGAAGCAGUGAAAAUAAUAAAAAAAGAAACAGGUUUUGAUAAUGUUCUCAUAGUAGAACAAGGAUCCCCGAUUACAUUGGAUUAUCGUACAGAUCGUGUUCGUGUUUUUGUUGAUGCUAAUGGAAUUGUUGUAACUGUUCCAAAAAUUGGUUGA